GGGUAUGGACGUGUGUCUGAGCUCCGCAGGUGGCUGGUUGGAGGCAGAGAACGAGGGGGAUCUCCAGAAAGACAGCGCCCGGGGACCCCCAGGAGAUGCUAACAAGAUAGAACCGUCUCUUCAUAGCCUGCAGAAAUUGGUCCCUACAGAUUAUGGCAGCUACACUCAGGAGCGGUAUCGGUUUGCGGGCAAGGACAUUGUCAUUCAGGAAUCAAUAGAGAGUUACGGAGCCGUGGUGUGGCCAGGGGCCACGGCUUUGUGUCAGUAUUUGGAGGAACAUACAGAGGAACUGAAUCUCCAAGAUGCUAAAAUACUUGAAAUUGGUGCUGGACCGGGCCUUGUUUCCAUUGUGGCCACUCUUUUAGGAGCUCAAGUCACAGCAACAGAUUUGCCCGAUGUCCUGGGAAACCUUCAAUAUAAUCUUUUAAAAAACACAUUAAAAUGUACAGCACAUCUGCCUGAGGUGAAGGAACUGGUGUGGGGGGAAGACCUGGAACAAAACUUCCCCAAGUCAGCUCUCUAUUACGAUUACGUUCUGGCCUCCGAUGUGGUCUACCACCACUACUCCCUGGACAAGCUGCUCACCACCAUGGCCUACUUGUCCCAGCCAGGCACGGUGCUGCUUUGGGCAAACAAGUUCAGAUUCAGCACCGAUUAUGAAUUUUUAGAUAAAUUCAAGCAAGUUUUUGAUGCAACACUCUUGGCUGAAUAUCCAGAGUCAUCCGUCAAACUUUUUAAGGGGAUACUUAAAUGGGACUAAUCAAACAAAUGACUUUCAAAAUAUUAGUGUAUCUUUUGAGCUGUGUUAGAAAUUGCAUUGCCAAUAAAAGAUGUCUUUUCUAUGAUCGAGAAGGUAGUGGGUAGAAACAACUUAUAUCCCUAGAAUAAAUGUAACAAUACUGCAGCAACUUUUAAAUAACUUAAGAUUAUUUGGUUAAUAUAAAUAUCUACAAUGAAUAACAUAAAAAACAUGAAAGCAGCUUUCUUGACUUCCAAAAAUCUCAAUUAUGUGUUUAAUAAAUUUUACAUGAGUAA